GUUUUGAUAUGAAAAACGGACAAUAAUAUUUCACCCACAGCCAUAGCACGCAGUGUUGUUUUUGAAUAGCGCACACGCUCAACCAGUUAAGGGUUUUACCAGCUCCUAACGUACAGUUGUUAUUGCUCUGUCUUAACUGUAGCAACGAAGCUAGCGCUUUUAGCAGCACUGCUAAGCACAAGUUCCAUUCAUUCGCCGUAGCCGGCCAUAAAAGUAGCAUAGUUACACACAGUUAAGGGUAUGUGCUUGGAACUUGUGUUAGAUAUGGUAGCAAACUAGCAGUUUGCAAACAAGCAGUUUGCUGCAACAAGGCAUUAACUAUAGCAGCUAAUUUGUCAGUGUUGACGGUCCGGUUCUGGUCACACUGACCCAACAUGUAUCGUCCCAAGCCAACUUUGAAGGACCGGCAGCACCUGUACAAACUCAUCAUAAGCCAGUUGCUCUACGAUGGAUACACCAACAUUGCCAACAGUCUCAUCAAUGAGGUCAAACCACAGAGCGUAGUGUCGCCCUCUGAGCAGCUGAUGCAGCUGGCAAAGUUAGGGAUGGAGAAUGAUGACAGUGCAGUUCAGUAUGCCAUCGGGCGCUCGGAUACAGUGGCACCUGGAGUGGGUAUUGAUCUGGAAUUCGAUGCUGAUGUCCAGACCAUGUCUCCAGAGGCAUCAGAGUAUGAGACCUGCUAUGUUACGUCUCAUAAGGGUCCAUGCCGUGUCGCCACAUACAGUCGUGACGGCCAGUUGAUUGCCACUGGCUCUGCUGAUGCCUCCAUCAAGAUCCUAGAUACUGAGCGCAUGCUGGCCAAGAGCGCCAUGCCCAUUGAGGUGAUGAUGAAUGAGACAGCGCAGCAAAACAUGGAGAAUCACCCUGUGAUUCGGACACUGUAUGACCACGUCGAUGAAGUCACCUGUCUUGCUUUCCAUCCGACUGAACAGAUUCUAGCUUCUGGCUCAAGAGAUUACACCCUCAAACUGUUUGACUACUCAAAGCCCUCUGCAAAAAGAGCAUUUAAAUAUAUACAGGAAGCAGAAAUGUUGCGUUCAAUCUCCUUCCACCCAUCAGGUGACUUCCUGCUGGUGGGAACGCAGCACCCCACCCUCCGUCUCUAUGAUGUCAAUACCUUCCAGUGCUUCGUAUCCUGCAACCCACUGGACCAGCACACAGACACCAUUAGCGGCGUCAGCUACAACCCCACCGCCAACAGCUACGUCACCUGCAGCAAGGAUGGCAGCAUCAAGCUGUGGGAUGGUGUCUCCAACCGCUGUGUGACCACCUUCGAGAAGGCCCAUGAUGGGGCAGAGGUCUGCUCUGCCAUCUUCUCCAAGAACUCGAAAUACAUCCUGUCCAGUGGCAAAGACUCCGUGGUGAAACUGUGGGAGAUCUCUACAGGCCGAACACUGGUCAAGUACACAGGUGCAGGUUUGAGCGGCCGUCAGAUGCAUCGCACACAGGGCGUGUUCAACCACACGGAGGAUUACGUGCUGCUGCCAGAUGAGCGCACCAUCAGCCUGUGCUGUUGGGACUCUCGCACGGCCGAGAGGAAAAACCUGCUGUCUUUGGGACACAACAAUAUCGUCCGCUGCAUCGUCCACUCGCCCACCAAUCCUGGCUUCAUGACCUGUAGUGAUGACUUCAGGGCCCGCUUCUGGUACCGCCGCACCACCACAGACUGAGGCCGACCUGGUUCCAUGUUUCCACUCUACAGCUCUCCCUCCCCAUCUCAUGCCCCCUGAACCAAAAAGAACGCUGGAGUCAUCUGUCUCUAUGACUGUCUGACUCUUCUUUAGGAUUCCAUAACCUCACUGAUCUCAUCACUGUCUUCUAUCUUUGGCAUCUUUCAUUUUUAUUUCAUUUUAAACUCUGCAGUGGAAUUUGUGGGACAGUACUUAAAGGUGCUGUAUGUAAGUUUUUGCUAUUGUUACAAAGCCAACGUUAGCAAUAACAGCUGUUUACUUACCAGGCUAGAAGAAACGUUUUGAUUUCAGCAUCAAAAGUUCAUUCCUUUAUUUGCCGAGAGCUGUCUCCAGCGCUGGAAGGCAACGCCAAUGUUAACUCUUGUUUUGCUCCUAUUUCUAUCACUUCUUUUCUUUUACUUUUCCAUCUCAUAAUACCACUGUGCGAUGGUGAGUCACUGUAGCGUCCAAUAUCCCCUCAGUUCAGCAUUAGAGGAUGAAGAAGUAGGAUGGAUUAAGAAGUAGCUCUGGCUAAACAGCUGUUAAUGCUAACAAAGUCUAUGUAAGGAUGGUUAAAACUUACAUAUAGUACCUUCAACAAAACAGAGUUGUCAUUUCAUCAUCUUAAAGGGCAGACUCACAGUUUUUCAAUUCUGUCUUAAAACAACAGUCAGGUGCCUGUAUGUCCACUGAGACAUGUUUGGCUUGAGGGAAUUUUGUACUACAAAGACUGACUUUAGAAGAUACUCACUUGAUUUGAAUUCUUGAAUUCAGACUUGUGAACCUCAUAUUAGCUUCAGAUAGACUUUUGAAAAUAUUUUUCCACAGAAUCAGUACUGCAGAUGUUGUCAUGACUUCCUUUGAAAGUGCAUCAGGAAGUGAUAUUUUAAAGUCCAGCAGGAACACGAUGAAUGAUUCCAGCAAGCAAAACCUGUUUCGAUGUGUGUAUGGGGAUUUGACUAUUGUUUUAAGUCAGACUAGAAAAAAUGAAUGAAUAACAUUUUUGACCACUACACUUUGACUGACACACUGAACAUUUGUCUGACUGAAUUGAAAGUCUGAUCUUUAAAACUCCUUUCACUGCCUGGAAACUUCAGUUUUACAUUUGGAUCUCAGAUUUCUGUUUAAUGUCAUAAUUGACCGCAGAGUAUGGUUGUUGUCUUUUCCACUUUUAUACUUUCUCUGUGUCCUUUGUUCUAAUUCAGAUUUUUAUUAAACAAUUAA